UCGCGAGCCAUGGCCAAACCGACUACAAACGGGAAUGCUGCCCCGUCCACAGCGGCCUCGAAUAUACCGGCGGUUGUUGGCAUUAACUUUGGCAACUCUUAUGCAUCGAUCGCGGUCUACACAAAGGAUGGCCAGGCGGAGUGCAUCGCCAACGAAAAUGGAGAACGCCAAAUAGCUUGUGCUGUGUCUUUUCACGGGGAAGAAAUCUAUAUUGGAAACCAAGCCAUGCCCCAGCUAGUUAAGAACUCACACAACACUAUCACUGGGUUUCGUAAUCUCUUGGGCAGAAAAUUUUCUGAGAUCGACCAGUCGAGCACUAUCAAAUCUGCGCCCAUCAUACAACAUCCAACCGAGACUGACACGCCUGCCUAUAAAGUCGACAUUCUCCAACCAGCGCCAACUCCUUUGCCGGUCUCUGCUACAACAACCCCUGCUGCGUCUCACGCUGCAACACCCAGAUCUGAACCUAUUCCAUCGACAAGGUUUCUGACUCCCCAAGAAGUCGCGACUAUCUUCCUGUCGUCACUUCUCCAGUCUGCUACCGAUUUUUUGGGUAAACCAAUCAUUGGUGCAGUCAUCACCUCCCCGCCGUCCUUCUCCCAGACACAAAAAGAUGCACUCAAAAAGGCAGCAGAGGAUGCCGGUGUCCACGUGUUCCAACUCAUAGACGAGUCAAGUGCUGUUAUCGCGACGACGACUUCGCCCCAUUGGCCAGGUGGCGCAGAAGACAGGACUCAACUGAUUGUGGAUAUUGGGUCAUCGUCUCUCGCUUUGUCUGUGGUCGCCCUUCGUUCCGGUUUAGGCUAUGUUCUGGGCUCCAGAAAUACGAGUGACUCGUCAAAUGUCGGGGGUGAUGCGUUGUCAACGCUUCUCGUCCAGCAUUUCGCCAAAGAAUUCACCAAAAAAACCAAGACAGACAUGCAGCACCCACCUUCGUCUAAAGAAGACAUCCGAGCAACAACUAAGCUUGUUCUAGCCCUCGAGCACACAAAACGCACUCUCAGUGCUUCCCCUGCCCCUGCUUCACUUUCCGUCGAAUCUCUUCACUCCGGACUGGACUUGACUGCGACGAUCGCACGAAUGCGUUUUGACCUCCUCGCGACCCCCGUUUACAACAUCAUCUCAUCGGAAAUAAAAUCUCUUCUCGAGAGCCUUUCCUUAGAUCCUUACCACAUAGACGAAAUUGUCUACGUUGGUGGUACCGCUUGUUUACCUGGCCUGGAUAGCCAUUUGUUGGUCGCCGUCGGUUUUAGCGAAAACGUCAAAACAUGUUUCUCUAACCUGACUAUGGGCAGCGGCGCGAUAGGUGACCCGACUGGUGUCCUUUCUAUCGGGUGCGCCUUGCAGGCUGCCAUAUUGCUAGAAGCUCAGGAAUCACCGGAGCUGCUGUCAGCCUUCGAGCAAUCCCCAGCCAUCCAAACCACGACUCGAACAAUUGGCAUGCUAUUUCCAACCACGGAUGACUCAGAAAUGGGUGGCUUAUUCAUUGCUAUCCUUCAUAAAAACACGCCCCUUCCCGUGCGGCGCGUAUUCGAGAUAGAGGUCACUCUUUCUGGCGGUGAAGGCGACAAGGCAACCAAGUUUGGGUUUGAGCUUUGGGAAGUCGAAGAGCGAAUCAAGGUCGAGCAAAUACAGCCUCCGCAACCGGAAGCGCCGCUGGACGAUGACGAUGAACCGGAAGAGCCAGAAGAGAAAAAGACCAAAGUCUUCGAUAAGACUGGCUUCUUGGGGACGCUAUUUGGAGAGACAAAUGGCACCCCAAGUAAGGAAAAGUCCAAAAAAGGUGUCUAUACAGCCGAAGUGCAGAUAGAGUUUGUUUUCAGUUUGGACCGUGUCCUUACUGUGACCGCACGCGACAGUAAAGGGGAAAAGGUAAUCGGCGAAUUACGAAUAGAGUAG